AUGGAUUACGAGGUAUCAAGAACUGGUGAGAUCGUAGAAGAUUCAGAGCAGAUUGAUUUGCUACCUGGCUUCAGAUUUCACCCAACAGAUGAAGAACUCAUAAGCCACUACCUGAAACCGAAGGUUCUAAACACCCUCUUCUCCGCUAUAGCCAUUGGUGAAGUUGAUCUCAACAAGGUUGAGCCGUGGGACUUGCCUUGGAAGGCUAAGAUUGGUGAAAAGGAGUGGUACUUCUUCUGUGUAAGAGAUCGGAAAUACCCGACCGGUUUAAGGACGAAUCGGGCUACUAAGGCCGGUUAUUGGAAAGCUACAGGGAAAGACAAAGAGAUCUUCAAAGAAAAAGCUCUUGUUGGUAUGAAGAAAACUUUGGUUUUUUACAAAGGAAGAGCUCCUAAAGGUGUGAAAACAAAUUGGGUUAUUCACGAGUAUCGUUUAGAAGGAAUUUAUGCAACCGACAAUCUCCCUAAAACCGCUAAGAACGAAUGGGUUAUUAGUAGGGUUUUUCAGAAAGGUGCAGACGGUAAGAAGAUGCAUCUAUACGGCUUAACGAUGCUCGGUUCAGGGUUUAACCAAGUCGAACCGGCUGGUUUACCUCCGCUGAUGGACACUUUCGGUCACGUGACCUGCUUCUCCGACCAAACAACGGAGGACAAGAGUCACGUCUCCGAGUUAAAAGAUGAAUGUAACGUUUCCAUGCUCGGUUCCUCAGCGUCUCACUUGAUACCGAACAUUGGUUACGCUGAUAAUGUGUUUAUGCAAGAUAAUUCUUCCAUAUUGAAGAUGUUGCUUGACAGUGAAGAAACCAAGUUUAAGAAGAGUAUCCAGGGUCUAGGUGCAGCUGAAAACGAAUUAACUUGGCAAGGUCACAAUGUUUUUGGUUCGACCGGUCCGGUUGAGGUCGAUUGCUUUUGGAAUUUCUGAAUUUGUGAACUGGAAUUGAUCGAGAAUUGGGGUGUAUAUAUGGAGUAAAAACAAUUAGGUGGUAUUUUAGGGUUUAUAAGUUUAUGUGUUUGCUCUAGAUUCUAGACUCUAGGAUAUACAAAGACAUUGAAAGACUCUUGUAACAUUUUGUAAAAAGGACCCACUUGUGUAAUUUGAUUCUCUUCUGGCAAGCCAUUCAAAAAUCUCAUAUUUUG